AUGACUAUUCGAGACGACGACCGGGACAUGGAUGCUGCCGUCGUGGAGGGAAGCGGAACAGAGACAGGUCACAUAAUCACGACCACGAUUGGAGGAAAGAAUGGCCAGCCAAAACAGGCCAUCAGCUACUCGGCAGAGCGCGUGGUGGGGAACGGUUCGUUUGGAGUUGUAUUCCAGGCGUCCUGUCUGGAGACGGGCGAAACGGUGGCGAUAAAGAAGGUGUUACAGGACAAGCGUUACAAGAAUCGCGAGCUGCAGAUCAUGCGGCUGCUGGAGCACCCGAACGUGGUGGCACUGCGGCACUGCUUCUUCUCGACGACGGACAAGGACGAGCUGUACCUGAACCUGGUGCUCGAGUUCGUGCCCGAGACCGUCUACCGCAUCACCAAGCACUACACCAAGAUGAACCAGCGCAUGCCGCUGCUCUACGUCAAGCUCUACACCUACCAGAUCUGUCGAGCUCUGGCGUACAUUCACAAUGGCAUUGGCGUGUGUCAUCGCGACAUCAAGCCGCAAAACCUUCUUGUCAAUCCGCACACGCAUCAACUCAAACUGUGCGAUUUCGGAAGCGCAAAAGUCCUGGUGAAGGGCGAGCCCAACAUAUCAUACAUCUGCUCGCGCUACUACCGCGCGCCUGAGCUCAUCUUUGGAGCGACCGAGUACACCACGGCCAUUGACAUCUGGUCGGCUGGCUGUGUCAUGGCGGAGCUGCUGCUGGGGCAGCCUCUGUUUCCGGGCGAGAGCGGGGUGGAUCAGCUGGUGGAGAUUAUUAAGGUGCUGGGAACGCCCACACGGGAGGAGAUCAAGUGCAUGAACCCUAAUUACACGGAGUUCAAGUUUCCGCAGAUCAAGGCACACCCCUGGCACAAGGUCUUCUCAAAGAGGGUGCCGGCAGAAGCAGUGGACCUGGUGUCGCGGCUGCUGCAGUACUCCCCCAACCUGCGCUGCACUGCUGCGGAGGCGCUGGUGCAUCCCUUCUUCGAUGAGAUCAAGGACCCCAACACCCGGCUGCCCAACGGCAAGCCGCUGCCUCCGCUCUUCAACUUCAAGAAGGAGGAAUUCAAGGGGGUGCCGAUUGAGCUGGUGCGUCGGAUUGUGCCCGAGCACACAAGGCGUCAGAACGGCCACCUUCUCGUGUAG